UCCUCGGUGCACUGCAGAGCACAAGACAAAUGGAGGCAAGGGGACGUAAAACGAGAACCGUGCUGCAGCGGGACGGUAGACAAGGCUGAUUAAUUAGUCAAAUAAGAGGCCCGGUAACCAAACACCUCGGUCGGUUAAGGGCACUUGAGGCUGAGGUUACAGUAGGCUAGGCUACCUGUAGAUUUGAUCAAUUGCAGGGGAUUCUGUUCUCAUUUCCUCAUCGAACGAACGGCGAGUCUGUCUGCUUCGCGUUCUGUCAACAAAUACGCACUGGAAACCCGGUUUCAAUUGGUGCAGAAUAGGAGCCCUUUUCGCUGCAUACGUAUGCAGACCAGAGGAAGCUGAUUUUGACUGCUGCAGCCUGAGUGCGCAGUUACAGCAUUGGGUAGAGGGAGAGGACGAGGGGAUAGCCUGCCUAAAUAUUUACAGUCACGGAAUCAAACACACCGCGCACAACCGCUGCCGGAUGCGGCAUGAUGGAAGGAAGCUGUGUAGAAACUAAAGUCUAAGGAAGAAAUACCCGAACUUGAGGACACAGACGGCAGUGUUUUGCGUUAGCGUUCGAUGGGAUUUCGGCAGCGAUAUUAAUCGGUCUUUCACCCUCGUUCUGAAAUUCAGCAUCCAGUGUGAAGCUCAUCCGUUUCACGGGACCGUCGCGCUGCUGCGGAGGACAUGAGAAAUGUAAACAGAAACGUUGGAUUUUAAACUGCGUGCAGGUCGCAGUCCCGGGAUAACCGAGAUGGAGCGAGUCGAGCCGGACCGGUGUCAGGAGGCGGCGGAGCCACCCAUCCACGCGGUACACGGGCCGAACCGGAUCAGGCCCUCGUCCUACCGGGCACUGCGCAGCGCUGUGUCCAGCCUGGCCCGGAUAGAUGACUUCAUCUGCGAGAAGAUUGGCUCGGGCUUCUUCUCAGAAGUGUUCAAGGUGCAGCACCGUAUCAGUGGGCGGGUGAUGGCUCUGAAGAUGAACACCAUGGCCAGUAACAGAGCGAACAUGCUGAGGGAGGUCCAACUGCUGAACCGCCUGUCUCACCCCAACAUACUCAGGUUUGUAGGGGUAUGUGUUAAUGAGGGACAGCUCCAUGCAUUAACAGAGUACAUCAACGGGGGUAACCUUGAGCAGCUGCUGGACAGUGACCAGUACCUGUCGUGGUCAGUCAGGAUGGGCUUGUCUCUAGACAUCGCUAGGGGGCUGCAGUACCUCCACAGCAGAGGCAUCUUCCAUAGAGACCUCACAUCCAAGAACUGCCUGGUGCGUUGGGCCAGUGGCCAGUGUACGGCUGUGGUGGGGGACUUUGGCCUGGCAGAGAAAAUACCAGAGUACAGUGAAGAGUCCGAUCAGGAGCCUCUGGCUGUGGUGGGCUCCCCCUACUGGAUGGCACCGGAAGUACUGCGAGGAGAGGUCUACAACGAGAAAGUGGACGUCUUUGCGUAUGGGAUCAUCCUGUGUGAGGUCAUCGCUAGGAUACAGGCAGACCCUGACGUCCUCCCCCGCACAGAGGACUUUGGUCUGGACAUAGAGACGUUUCAGCACAUGGUGGGAGACUGUCCCCCUGACUUCCUGAACCUGGCGGUCACCUGCUGCCACAUGGAUCCAAAGCGUCGUCCAUCGUUCUCAGCGAUCGUAAAAGAGCUGGAGGGAAGAGCGACGGAGAGGACCGAUGAAGCUGCACCAAUGGCAUCUCUUUCUCCAGAUCUCAGCCUGCUGCGAAGACGGUCCCUCUGUCUCCCUGGUGACCCCCGCCUCUGCCGCAGCAAAUCAGACAUGCUCCCUCCAGUCACGCUCCCCACUCUGGCCCCUCCCACCCGUGUCAACCCCUUCUCCCUGCGAGAGGACCUUAACGGAGGCAAGAUCAAACUGUUUGACACGCCCAGCAAGUCAGUCAUCUCUUUAACGUUCACCUUACCCCAACCUCUGGACCCCUGUACCACCCCCUCUGACAGAGCAGGGGGUGGGGGUAUGCCCCGAGGAAGGCUCCAUAGACGCUGCCUGUCCCUGCCCUGCACCCCUCCUCCAGAUCUCCUGCCCCCCACCACCAAAGACAAUAGUGCAGAGAAAACAGACCUAGGGACUGGUAGUAAUGAGAGGAAUGGAGAGAAGGAGGAGAGGGAAAUCGUAGAAGAGAGGUUUACCUUUGAGUCUGAGUUCGUGGUCGAAGAGGAUGUGAAGAGGAGGAAGAGCAGCGAGGGCCUCACUGCCGAUGACUCCGGGCUUCCUCUCGACCCAGAGCUGCUGUCAUUAGACCAGCUAUGUGACGAGGAGGAAGUGGACACAAGCAGCCUGGAGGAAGAACCCAUGGACUGCACCAGCUCCCCCGACACUCUAGAUGGCACUCAACCUACAGUCCUGCCUUAUUCCAAACCCUCCACACCCACCCCCCCUACAUUCACCAAUGGCUGGGGUAAUGUUCCCCCCAUAUCCAAUGACCCUCCCUGCUUGCCCCCCCUACCCUUGCCCCACCUAGGAUGGGGGGGCACCAACGGGUACCACUCCACUCCUGGGGGGCCCAUAGGGGGCUCGCCGUUCAGCACCGGUAAUGGUUCCGCUCCCUCUCUGGAGCAGGAGGAGGUUAUCUCAUGUUCUGGAUGUUGCCUGGCGGGGCUCCGGUUCCCCUCGCUGUGUUUCCGCGCCCCUCACAGGAACCCCUAUAAGAACCUGAACAGGGACAGUACGGGAGCCAACCGAGGGCUGCUCUAUAAAGGUCCUAAGGGACGACCGUCCUCGCCUACCAACCCAGAGCCUGGCCUAGCCCUGCCUGGGGCGCAAACAUAGAUACAGAAUGCUAACCACAGAUCUAGGAUCAGAUUACACAAAAUCCCAACUGUUUUUCUUAGGAGGGAGACUCUAAACUGACCUUAGAUCAGUGCCUAGGGAGCUACUUCAUUCCAUUCUUACUCAGACGGUGACAUGGGAGGUAAAGCUGCUGGUGUGGAUGCACUGCUGUGCUGGUUGCCUAUAAGUGAUGGUAUGGCGCCCUCUGCUGGACUGAGGCGGUAAUGAUUGUAAUAAUAUAGUCAACACCUAUAACCUAAUAAUGCUGUACUGACUGUAAAGGAGUGAGUGGCGAUCCCACUGUUUCCUACAGCAGAUGCAGGCUUGUAGACUGACUGAUUCAUAAAGAAGCAACGACAAUACUUUCCCUCAGCAUGGCAACACGUAUUGGUCAGAGCCAUAUUUCAAAUGUAUACAUGGCUUUGGUAUUGGACCAAUCCCCUGGGUUAUGUGUGUUCUGAUAUCCUCCUAUCGUGGGGGUUCUAUGGCUGCUUCCCUGACAGUCAGUUGUAAAAAAAUAUAUAUAUUUUUGACUUAUGUUGAAGUGUUAUGAUUUGUAUGUUUUGAUACUGUCUCAAUGGGUUUAUGCUCAGCAGUUUGCCUUUGUGUUCAGACAGCUGUAUGCUGCACCCUGGAGAGGCCAUGAGCAGGGCAGUGUGUGUGUGCACCAGUGAGCCAUACACUGUUCUGUUGACUGAUACAGUAUGUGACUGACGCUGUACGUUGUCUUAUGUUCCUCAUCCUCGAACGGCACUUGUAUUAUAUCGUGACUUGUUAUUAUUUGAGAAUGAAUGGUCAAAGACCCACUUCAACAAAGUAUAGAUGAAUAUUAUUUAAAUGGCAUUGAAUAAAACUAUAGAAUGGA